UCCAGGGCGCUUGCGCAGGCCUGACCUACUAUGGCGGUUCGCUUUGGCGCCUUGACCUCCUUGCCUUGCGUUCGGUGGUCCGGUGCCGUGCCGCUUGCGGCCGGACGGGACCCGCUAGUUGCCUGUCGGCGAUGGGCGGGCUCCUCGACAGACACUGUGUACGAUGUGGUGGUCUCAGGAGGAGGCCUGGUGGGCGCUGCCAUGGCUUGCGCCUUGGGGCAUGAUAUUCACUUUCAUGACAAGAAAAUCCUGUUGCUGGAAGCGGGUUCAAAGAAAGUCAUGGGGAACUUGUCAGACACAUACAGCAACAGAGUCAGCUCCAUUUCCCCUGGCUCUGCCACCCUUCUCAGUAGUUUUGGUGCAUGGGACCACAUCUGCAAUAUGCGGUGCAGAGCCUUCCGUCGGAUGCAGGUGUGGGACUCCUGCUCAGAGGCCUUGAUAAUGUUCGAUAAGGAUGACUUAGAUGACAUGGGCUAUAUAGUGGAAAAUGACGUUAUCAUGCAUGCCCUGACUAAACAGCUGGAGGCUGUGGCAGACCGCGUGAGGGUUCUCUACAGGAGCAAAGCUGUUGGCUAUGCCUGGCCUCUUCCAUUUUCCAUGGCAGACUCCAGCCCUUGGGUCCAUAUUACCCUAGGUGAUGGCAGUACCCUCCAGACCAAACUGUUGAUUGGAGCUGAUGGGCACAACUCAGGAGUAAGGCAAGCUGCUGGGAUCCAGAAUGUCAGCUGGAACUAUGACCAGUCUGCUGUGGUGGCCACUCUCCAUUUAUCAGAGGCCACAGAAAACAAUGUAGCCUGGCAGAGAUUUCUUCCCUCUGGGCCUAUUGCCCUGCUCCCGCUGUCAGAUACCUUGAGUUCCUUGGUUUGGUCCACAUCACAUGACCAUGCAGCAGAGCUGGUCGGCAUGGAUGAGGAAGAGUUUGUGGAUGCCAUCAACUCUGCCUUUUGGAGUGAUGCUAACCACACAGACUUCAUUGACUCGGCUAGCACCAUGUUGCGCUAUGCUGUCUCCUUUCUGAAGCCCACUAGGGUCUCAGCUCGUCAAUUGCCCCCAAGUGUAGCCAAGGUGGAUGCUAAAAGCAGAGCCCUCUUUCCUCUGGGGCUGGGACAUGCUGCUGAGUACGUCCGGCCUCGUGUGGCACUCAUUGGUGACGCAGCCCACAGAGUCCACCCACUUGCAGGACAAGGUGUCAACAUGGGCUUCGGGGAUAUUUCCAGCUUGGUUCGUCAUCUCAGCACAGCAGCCUUCAAUGGGAAGGACUUAGGCUCCAUGAGCCACCUCACAGGGUAUGAAACAGACAGACAGCGGCAUAAUACUGCUCUUCUGGCUGCUACUGACUUACUGAAAAGGCUCUAUUCUACCAGGGCCACUCCGCUGGUGUUGCUCAGGACAUGGGGCCUGCAGGCAACUAAUGCGGUAUCUCCUCUCAAAAAACAGAUUAUGGCCUUUGCCAGCAAAUGAGCACUCCUCUUCUGGGAUCGUGUUGAUGACAGGGAACAUCUAGUCCUGUGACGUCACAUGCCUUUCCCUUAUGGUUUAAUAAAUUUACACUAGAACUUG